AUGGAAGGGAGUCUCCCGGAUCAAGAACCGGUCUGGGAUUUCUCAGGGUACAGGGAAAGUGAAGAGUUGAGCGUGUCAGAAUCCCACGAAGACGCUAGUCUUGAAGAACUGAGUCGCGUCUUGAUUGAUCCAUUCACAAUGUCAGGAUUUGGAGCUGGAACACCGGCCACAGCUCAGGUGGAUGAGCAGAGAGCCUUCAUCGCUGAAGCAAAACGUAUAAAUCGGUUGGACAUCAAGGUCCCAAAGUUCAGCAACGGGCUGACCCAGGAUGUCAAGGCCUUCGUGGAUACUAUCUCAUGGAAGCAUACCAUCUCUCGGUCGGAUUAUGAGAAGAUGUCCCCAGAUCUCAAUGGGGAGCUAGAUGAAUGCCUUGUGCUUUAUCUGUUCUCCAAAUUGGAGGGUGAGCCUGCACGUUGGUGGACAAAUCUUGCGGAAGAUCAGAAGGCGAAUUAUAAGAGAGUCACGACGCUCCUCAUUGCGCGAUACGGAAGGGAUGAGGUCCGUCAGCGCCGUUCCCUGCGCCAACGCGUUGCAGCUGAGCUGAACAAUUUGCACCAACGUGGGAGGAGUAUUGCUGAGUAUGUCGCGGAGGCGAAGGACAUACACACGAGAAUUGGGGCCGAUCAAGAGCAGACCUUGUCGGAUAACUUUGUUAACAAUAUGACCGAUCCCGGCUUCGCCAACAUCCUCAGAGCUCUCACGUCGAGGGAAGAUUUGUCGUUUCUGCAGAUUCUUGACACUGUCAUCGAGAUGCAAGGACCGACAUACGUUGAGAAAAAGCCGGCUCACGAAGAAACUCUCGAAGAGUCAAAGAAUGCAAACCGCCUCAUGAGAACAAUGGCGAACGUGAUGGAGAGAUCCCAAGGCCAACGUUCCCGAGGAAAUCAAGCACCCUACAGUGCUCAGAGGCAGAUUGUGGAAUACAGGCCGCAACAAGUGCCCCUUGAAUACCAAGGCCCUCUGCCGCAAUUUCAAGUGCAGCAUUUUGAACAGCAGCAGUAG